AUGACAAAGCCUCCUGAUGGAGAUCUCAUAACGCAGGUAUUGCCAUUGGAGUUGGUCAAGCAGGCGUCAGAACAAUCCGAGGUGUUGAGAUUGUAUGACAAAACUCGCAGAGUUUCUGUGAGAGCCAUGGCCGUGGCCUCAUCGGCGUGGUUAAGACGGGAAGCCUUGACGUUUGUUCGUCGGGCUUUGUCCGGCAUUGUCAACGACGAAGAACAGAAAGAGAGGGCUAGUGGUCACGAGAGGCAGCCUUGGCUGAGGCUGUGCACGGAACUUUUGGCUGGCGUUGACGUGCAGUCGUCCAGUCUCUACUUCUGCUGCACGGCUACCACAGCCAUUUACAUCGUCAACUCCGCUGUGGCACCGAUGCAGUAUUUCGAGAGACAUGCGACUCGUCUGGGCAAGUGGACCCUCUAUCUCAUGCGCCACAUCACGAUUGUGAUAGGAUGUACCAAGAAACUGUGCACGAUAUGA